AACCGGGAUGCUUGGGUGUUUGGCAGAAGUGCUCGAAUUUGUGCUGUUUUGCUAUUUUAACUGAAAAUCUGUCGAAUUUGAGAGGAAAACGCGAGCGGAUCAUUUAAAAGGACUUUAUGAAUAAAGUUAGAGUAUAAAAUUUUGUAAAAAGAAGAAAAAAUUGUUAAAAGCUCAUGACGAACACUAUAUGCUAGUUUCAUGCUAGUACAGUCGCAGGUUCAGUAUUGUACAGUAGUGAAUGAAAUAGUCACUUACCGGGUUUAAUACUAAACAUACUGAUAUAAAUCAACACUUUACUAUCAAUACUUUUAAUACACUGAGAUUAACGGACACUAGACUUAUAAUACUAGAAUAAUGGCGCUGACAGAUCGAGAACAGGUGAAUGGGAAUAACGGAGAUGAAGCAGAUAUGAUGACUCCAGUAAAUCUGCUGGCUGGUUUCACUGACAGUGAAGAGAUUCGAACCCUCCUCCUCACACUGCCGGACCAGGUUGAAGACAGGGUGGCCCGGGAGUCUGCCACUGAGAGAUUUAUAGUGAUAAUGGAUCAUUAUCAGGAGCAGCCACAUCUCCUAGACCCUCACCUGGAAUGGAUGCUAAAUAUGCUUUUGGAACUUGUCCGGAAUGAGACGUCUCCUCCUCUGCUGGUUCACCUCGGCUUUAAGUUUCUCUACAUCAUCUCAAAGGUUAGAGGCUACAAGACAUUCAUGCAGCUUUUCCCACAUGAGGUAUCAGAUUUGCAACCAGUGUUGGAUCUGUUGUGCAGACAGGACCCAAAAGACACAGAAACAUGGGAAACCCGAUACGUACUUCUGCUGUGGCUUUCCAUGACCUGCCUCAUUCCCUUUGAUCUCUCACGCUUAGAUGGCAAUAUGAACUCUGACUCCGGGCUUAACAGAGAGACGAUUAUGAACCGCAUCCUGGCUGUGGCAAAGUCAUACCUUCAAGUCAGUGACAAAUCAAGGGAUGCUGCAUCAGUACUGGUAUCAAAGUUCAUGACUCGACCAGAUGUGAAGCAGAAGUGGUUAGGCGAGUUUCUGGAUUGGACCUGUACAACCAUUUCCCAAACCAGUGAUGUGACCAUGCAGGGCACCGUGGCUCUGGAUGGAGCUUUGCAUUCUCUGGCUCAGCUUUCUAAGCAUGGCAAGCGUGAGGACUUCCUUCAGUAUGCUCCCAAAGUGCUCCAGUGUUUGGAUCAGAAGAGAUUAGCAGAAAGUAACCAGGCCAUGCUGAGGAAGCUCAGUGUGAAGGUGGUACAGAGACUGGGCCUCACUUUUGUCAAACCCCGUGUGGCCAAGUGGAGGUACCAGAGAGGAAGCAGAUCUCUGGCUUUCAACCUUAGCCAGUCCACUGCUGAAGGUAAAGUUCUGGAUGUAAAACCCGAGCUGGAGUCUGUCAGCUCAGAGGAGGACUAUGACAUACCCGAGGAGGUGGAGAACGUCAUCGAGCAAUUGCUGGUGGGGCUGAAAGAUAAGGAGACUAUAGUGCGCUGGUCUGCAGCUAAAGGUAUUGGAAGAGUGACUGGAAGGCUGCCCAAGGAGCUGGCAGACGAUGUGGUUGGCUCAGUUUUGGACUGUUUCAGCUUUCAGGAGACAGAUAACGCAUGGCAUGGGGGAUGCCUCGCUCUUGCUGAGCUGGGUCGUAGAGGAUUGCUGCUUCCUUCACGCCUUUCAGAUGUGGUCCCACUAAUCCUGAAGGCCCUGGUCUACGAUGAACGAAGAGGAGCAUGCAGUCUGGGCUCAAAUGUGCGGGAUGCUGCAUGCUACGUGUGCUGGGCAUUUGCUCGAGCUUACGACCCCAAAGAGCUGCAACUGUACGUCAAUCAGAUUGCCAGUGCUCUGGUGAUUGCUGCCAUUUUCGACAGGAACGUCACAUGCAGGAAAGCUGCAUCUGCUGCUUUCCAAGAAAAUGUCGGCAGGCAGGGCACAUUCCCCCACGGUAUUGAUAUCUUAACAGCCGCAGACUAUUUCACCGUUGGGAACCUGAAUAACUGCUACCUGACCAUCAGUGUCUAUAUAGCAGGUUUUGAGGAAUACACAAAGCCGAUGAUCGACCAUUUGGUGACUAGGAAAAUCAACCACUGGGAUAGGGCUAUCCGGGAGCUGGCAUCCAAAGCCCUGCAUAACCUCACUCCACAGGCCCCAGAUUACAUGGCCAACACAGUUCUCCCUCAGCUGUUGCCGAUGGCGACGGGAAUGGAUCUGCAUGGCCGCCAUGGAGCAAUACUGGCGUGUGCUGAGAUCGCUCAUGCCCUGUACGAACUGGGUGCUCAAAGUAGCAGGCCUGUCACAGACUUCCUGUCUUCAGACUCUAUCCAGGGUCUCAAGGACAUCCACCAGAAGGUCUCUGACAGAAAGCUGUACAGGGGUUUUGGUGGGGAGCUGAUGAGGCCAGCAGUGUGUUUCCUCAUUGAGAAACUGUCUCACUCCAUGAUGCCGUUUAAAGGCGACCCUGUCAUUAGUGGAUGGCAGUCGCUCAUAGAUGACAGUUUAAAUGGCAAUGAGGAGAUCCAGGAAACAGCAGUGUCGGCUCUUGCAGCUCUGUGUCAGGAGUACUACCAGGUCCAAUCCGGGGUGGCUGAUACCAAUGUGCAAGAGCAGUUGGUGAGUGGGUAUCUAGCAGGAUUGAGGAGUACAGAGGUCCAGAUGCGCUGUGGUUGUGCUUUAGCUCUCGGAUCUCUUCCACAUUUCAUGAUUUGCAGCAAAGUUAAUCAGGUGUUGGAAGGGCUGCAGGAAGCUUGUAGGAUCACAGAGAAGGAAGAAGGGUUUCCAGAGGCCAGAAGAGAUGCAGCUACAGCUCUCGCCCAGGUGUUUUUAACCGUAGGAGUGUGUUUUCAGGCCAGUCCUGAUUGUGCUUUAUGUAAGAACAACGUGACCGGUGUGUUCGAGGCUCUGCUGGGCUGCAUGAACAACUACACCACGGACAGCAGAGGAGACGUGGGAGCCUGGGUUCGGGCAGCAGCCAUGUCUGGUCUGCAGGAUAUUACUCUUCAUGUUGCCAGUUCUGCCCCUGAUCUCGUGUCUCCUUCUAUAUGCCUGCGGAUGAUGUGCUUCCUGUCUCAGCAAGCUGCAGAAAAGAUUGACCGUUACAGAGCUAAUGCUGGAUCUGUGUUUCUUCGUCUGCUCCACAGCACAGAUCCUGUAGUACCUAACAUCCCCCACCGGGAGGAGCUGCUUAAUAUUUUUCCUCUAGGUGGUGUGAAGUCUCUGAACUGGAACGCAGCAUCUCAAGCUUUCCCUCGGGUCACACAGCUCCUGCGACUGCAAGACUACCGCUACCACACACUCUUGGGCCUGGCUGUUUCUGUGGGCGGUCUCACCGAGUCCACGGUGCGAUUCUCCUCCCAAUCACUGUUCGAACACCUGAAGAGCAUCCAGCAGGAUCAUGCACAGCUGCAGGAGUUUGGAGACGCAGUACUACACAUCUUCAGAGACAACAUUCGCAAUGACAGAGUGUCUGUGCCUUUACUGAAGAUGCUGGAUCAAAUGUUAUCCAACGGCUGUUUCGAAAUCUUCAUUCAUCAGGAGAAUCACCCGUUCUGUGUGGAGCUGUUGGCUUUAUGUAAAGAGGAGAUGAAGAAGUCGAAGGACAUUCAGAAGUUACGCUCCUGCAUAGCCGUAUACUGUGGGCUGAUCCAGUUUCAGGGAGAUGUAAGGAAGAAGAUCUUGGCACAGCUGCUGAUGCUGCUGUGCCAUCCUUUCCCUGUGAUCAGAAAAGCCACUGCCAGUCAGGUGUAUGAGAUGUUCCUGACCUACGAUGAUGUGGUAGAUGCCAAUGUGCUGGAUGAUGUCACGACGGUACUCAGUGACACUAAUUGGGAGAGUGACCUCACCACAGUGAGGAGUUACAGAAACCAGCUAUGUGAUUGGCUUGGAGUACCUCGGCCCACGCUGCUAGCCAAGAGUCCUGCACAAUAAUCGACCUGCCAGAAGUCUGUGAAGUCUGUGAUGGUGGAUUCCAGUGGCAUAACGGCUCUGUCUUGUUUCAUGUUUUCCUUUUAGUUUUUUUAUUGCCUACUUAAUAUUCAGAUAAACCAUGUUGAACACCAGGCAAAAUGUACAUGCCAUUUAUCCCUAAUUAAUAAAUAUAAAUUAACACAUUAACAUGGUGACCCUACAUUUAAUACCUAAUUCUUUUUAGUUUAAUUCAUACUUCUAGUAUAUUAAUAGUACUUGAUGUCUGUUUUUCUCUAAAACAAGCUGAAACAUGGGCUCAUCUGAUCGGUUCAUCUGAGAUUAGAUGAGCCUGAGCCUAGAGAACUCAGUGGCAUUUCUGCAUAAAUUGAUGUAUGGGUUUGUCUUUGAGUAAUAGAAAUUCGAGUUGCAUUUCUUGAUAAAUGUGCAGACUGUGUUGACAAUGGCUUUCCGAAGAACUCCCAAGCCCAUGUGGCUAAAUUUAUUACAGUAGCAUGACAGUUUGCCAUCUGAGGGCUUAAAGGUCAUGCACAAUCACUACAUAACCACAACCCUGGUUUUCUUCGAAUUCCAUAAAUCUGUUUACAAUAUUAUGUAUGGUAGAUUGUAAAAAGCCUUAUCUGUAUUCCUGCAUUAAAAAUUGCAAAUUGAUUCAAAA